CGGGCUGAUCCGAGAGCACGGCAGCCUGGGCAUGCGGCUGGGGCAUGCUCAGUGAGAGCCGGGCGCUGGGAGCAGGCUGGGGCGCUACACCCUCUUCCUGCGUCUCUCGCUUGCGUCAGACCAAUGUUGCAGACGCCGAGCUGAGGACAGCGCGUGGCGCGCUCGGCAGUUGGCGGGGCCCCUCUCCGGCUGGUGGCCGAAGCUCCCCUCGGAACGCUGGGACACUUUGGAACGUCCGCGGCGUCCAAUCGGCUGCUGACGGCGGCCUGCUCCCGAGAGCUGCCCCGCAGCCGGUUUGUUGCGCGCGCGGGUCCCGCCGGGUUUCGGUGAGUGGCCACUCAGGUGCCCGCAGUUCGAUGGUUGGUUCGGACCGCGAUGAGCCGCCCGUCCUCCGCCGGACCCAGUGCUAACAAACCCUGCGGCAAGCAGCAGCACGUGCCGUCCCCCGCUGCUGCCCCCACUGCCGCCGCCGCCGCCACCAUCUCGGCCGCCGGCCCCGGCUCCUCCGCGCUACCCGCCGCGGCCACUGUGAUCUCAGGCCCGGGAGGCGGCGGCGGCGAGCCGGUCUCGCCUCAGCACCACGAGCUGACCUCGCUGUUCGAGUGCCCCGUCUGCUUCGACUAUGUGCUGCCCCCGAUCCUGCAGUGCCAGGCCGGGCAUCUGGUGUGCAAUCAAUGCCGGCAGAAACUGAGCUGUUGCCCCACGUGCAGGGGAUCCCUGACCCCAAGCAUCAGGAACCUGGCCAUGGAGAAAGUGGCCUCGGCUGUCCUCUUCCCCUGCAAGUAUGCCACUACAGGCUGUUCCCUGACACUCCACCAUACAGAAAAGCCGGAGCAUGAAGACAUCUGUGAAUACCGUCCCUACUCCUGUCCAUGUCCCGGUGCCUCCUGUAAAUGGCAGGGCUCUUUGGAAGCCGUGAUGUCCCACCUCAUGCACGCCCACAAAAGCAUUACCACCCUUCAGGGAGAAGACAUAGUCUUUCUCGCCACGGACAUUAACCUGCCAGGAGCUGUCGACUGGGUCAUGAUGCAGUCUUGCUUUGGUCACCAUUUCAUGCUGGUGUUGGAGAAACAGGAGAAGUACGAGGGUCACCAGCAGUUUUUUGCUAUUGUAUUGCUUAUUGGCACUCGCAAACAAGCGGAGAACUUUGCAUACCGACUGGAGCUGAAUGGUAACCGGCGCAGGCUAACCUGGGAGGCAACGCCCCGCUCCAUUCACGAUGGGGUGGCUGCUGCCAUCAUGAACAGCGACUGUCUAGUUUUCGAUACAGCUAUAGCACAUCUUUUUGCAGACAAUGGAAACCUUGGCAUCAAUGUGACUAUUUCUACGUGUUGUCCGUGAUUAUAUGUGUUGUUAGUGAAACCUAGGGUUGUCUGGGCAUAGUGCUUUACAUUCUUAAGGGUUUUUUAAAAUGAUACUCAACUAUGUCUUCAUUUAUCUCUCUUAGGAUUCCUAAUUUAGCCAAUAUUUUGUAACAACUUUCUCUUUGGGUUUUAAGUCAUGGCUAACCAGACAAGAUGAGUGAGUGUCCUGUCAAUCAUCAGAACAGGAAAAGGGAUUUCUUAGAAUUCUUGGAUGCUUUUUGAAGAUUUUUUACCACUUUUUAAAAACAGAGCUUCCAUUAGAUAUGUCUUUAAUAGACUUGAGGGUCUGUUUUUCUCUUUGAAGUGCACCCAAAGCUCCCCUUAAGAGUUAUCCAAGGGGAAAAACAGGCACCUCUUGACUUACUCCCCUGCUGGGCUUUUAAAAAGAGAAUAAACAAAUAGCUUCAAGUGUGGUAGAGAAGAACAAAAGGUACUUUGGUAUAGGUUCCCUUGCUGCUCUGAUUCCCUCUUCUUUGUUUAAAAAAAAAAGAAAAGAAAAAAGAAAAAAACACAGUUAUAUUGGCUCACUUGCUGUGUCUUU